UUAAAAAAAAAAAAUUUUAUUGAUUAAUUGAACGAUAAAACGCAAAAGAAAGUGAAAUAUAAAAAAAUUAAAAGCAACAAAAACCGAAAAAAGACAGCGGGAGAGUGAGUGAAAAGACUAACGGCGGUUGUGUGCCCCGCAACGGUAAACCGCAGCAGCCACACAUCAUUGCAUUCAACAUUUAACAGACGCAGCAACAAGAGCAGAGGAGGAAAGAGCUACAGCAGCACCUACAGUAUUUACUGCGUCGCAGCUUUUACCGUUGUAGAUCGGCAGCAGAAGCAGCAGCGGCGCAUCUUCUCCUUUUGGCAGGGCCAACAAAUUUUCUGCCGCACAGAAAAGAACAAACACGAGGACAGCCAUCAAUUAAAGAGGAGGCACGCACAGAUAUUAUUGCGAUUCAGGCAAUCACAGAUCGGAAAAUUUUGCGCAGAGAUUUCUCUGGACGUGUGGCAAAAAAAGAAAUCAGCGUGCAGCGGAGGAAGGCAGAGGGGAAGCGUCAUUGAACGGCUGUCCAUCCCGGACGACGCAGCCAUCGAGCUGUUGUCUGGCCGGGGGGCUGAAAAGAGGAGGAGCAUCCAAGCAUCCGCGGAGCAUUUGUAACCUCAGGGUAAAAACAGAACAGAAACCUCAUUAAAAUGAUCUCAAAUAAAAAAUCACAUGCCAUGCGGAUGCUCCAGCUGGCCCUGGCCCUUAGCCUGUUGCAGUACAAUCCGGACUAUCUGCUCAACCGCUGGGACUCGCAGCUGGAGCUGGCCCACGGGGAUGGAUGGGAGCUGGAGAUGCUGCGCUCGGUGCAUCGCAUCGACAUGAACCAGAAUCCGUAUGCCAACCGCAAGAUGAUGCCCCGUAUCGAGGAUCUGCUGCCCUUCGACGACCAUGGAGUGGGUGGUGGAGGCGAGUACAAGCUGCCGACGAGAUUCAACGGCAGCGCCUUUGUAAUGAAUCUCCACAAUACGACCGGCAACAGCAGCGUCCAGACAGCAGCCCUCCAGGAUCUCCAGAGCGGCGGGGGAGGGGCGAAUGGAAAUUCCAAUGUCGGAUCGGGCGCACCAUCGGCGGGUGGCGGCACCGGCUCUGGCAGCGCCUCUGGCUUGGGAGAGAUCCACAUCGACACUUCUGCGAUGGCCACCGGCAACAAUAACAAUCACUCGAUGCGGCACCAUGCCGCCCCGGAGCUGGACAUCUUCCUGUCGCCGCAUCUGCUGCAGGAGCAGCGCUCCAUUUGGGAGCAGAACCUGGCCGAUCUGCAGGACUACAACGAUCUGCCGCAGGCCAGCCCCUAUGCGAAUCUGCCACUGAAAGAUGGCCAGCAGCAGGCGCCGAACAGCUCCAGUCUGGACCUCAGCCUGGCCGCCCUGCUGCACGGCUUUGCCGCCAGUGGGACGCACCGCGAGGUAGCCACGGCCCUGAAUGACAGCACACCGCAUCCCGGCAAUCUGGGCAGUCACACGGUUGAGCAAUUCGGACCGGAUAACGAUGACAGAGAGGAGGAUCUCUAUCUGGGUCGUCUGUUCGGCCAGGACGCCGACGAGGAGGAUGUGGGAGGAGUGGCCAAUGCCUGCGAAGUCGAGGGAUUGACCACCGAUGAACCCUUUGGCAGUGCCACCUUUGGCAACGAAGUGGAAGUCGUCGUCGAGCAGGAUGAUGAGAAGGAGGAGGAGGAGGUGCAGGAGAGUGAAAUCGCCGAGGUGCUGUACAAACAAGAUGUGGACUUGGGCUUCAGUCUCGAUCAGGAGCAGAUCAUCAAUGCCUCCUACGCGAGUGGCAAUAGUGCGGCCUCUCAGGCCAAGGCCAAGGCGGAGGCCGAGUCGAAACCGGCGGAUCCCUCGAUGUCGGACUCUGCCUUCAAGGACAGCGACGACACCGAUGAGAUGAAAGCCACUGGCGCCGCCUCUGUGGACGAUAUUGAGAAGCUGAAAGCUUUGGAAGAGCUUCAGGAAGAUAAGGACAAGGACGAAGAGAAUCCCCUGGAAGAGAUAACCAAUGAAUGGAACGGCAUUCCCUUUACCAUCGAUAAUGAAACUGGUGAAUACAUUCGCUUGCCCCUGGAUGAGCUGUUGAACGACGUGCUCAAGCUCUCUGAAUUCCCCCUCGAAGACGAGUUAACCAACGAUCCGGAUGCUUCGACAUCGCAGGCUGCUGCCGCUUUGAACGAGAACCAAUCGCAACGGAUCACCUCCGAGACGGGUGAGGAUCUGCUGACUGCCGAAGGAGUUGCUGUCCAGCAGCGAAAGAUCAAUACAGACGGCAGGAGUACCCGCACCAACAGCGGCCAGAGCGACUUCAACGAUUCAAGCGACAAUUUCCCCCUGUGCGACUUUGACGAUCUGCAGAGCUCCGUGGGCUCGCCCCUCUUCGACUUAGAUGACGACGCCAAGAAGGAGCUAGACGAGAUGUUGCAAUCCAAGGCACCGCCCUACCCCCAUCCCCAUGCCCAUGACCAUCCCCACGCCCACGGCCACCCCUACGCGCAUCCGCACAGCCACCACCAUGCCGCUGCAGCCGCCGCGCAUCACCACCACGCCCAUGCCCACCAUGCCGCAGCCGCAGCUGCCGCCCACCAGCGGGCCGUGCAGCAGGCCAACGCCAACUAUGGCGGCGUGGGCAGUGCCCCGGGCAGCGCCUUCCAGCGCCAGCCAUCAGCUGCCGGUGGAUUCCAUCAUGGCCAUCAUCAGAGCCGCAUGCCGCGCCUGAACCACAGCGUGUCGAUGGAGCGUCUUCAGGACUUUGCCACUUACUUCAGUCCCAUACCCAGCAUGGUGGGCGGGGUCUCGGACAUGCCGCCCUACCCCCAUCAUCCGCACUAUCCCGGUUACUCGUACCAGAGCAGUCCUUCGAACGGCGCCGCCGGCGGUGGUCCCAUCCCUCCAGUGCCCGGACAGCACGGCCAGUACGGCUCCCCGGCCACUGCGGCGCUGCAGCCCCCACCACCACCGCCGCCACCACACCAUGCGGCCAUGUUGCACCACCCGAAUGCGGCGCUGGGCGACCUCUGCUCCGCCACCGCCGCCAGCGGACAGCCCCACUACGGGCACAAUCUCGGAUCGGCCGUCACCUCCAGCAUGCACCUGACCAACUCCAGCCACGAGGCGGAGGGAGCCGCUGCCGCAGCGGCCGCCGCCGGUAAUGCCUACAAGAUGGAGCACGACCUGAUGUACUACGCGAACACUUCCUCGGACAUGAAUCAAACGGAUGGCUUCAUGAACUCGAUUUUCACCGAUGAGGAUUUGCAAAUGAUGGACAUGAAUGAGAGCUUCUGUCGCAUGGUGGACAACAGCACCAGCAACAACUCCUCGGUCCUGGGCCUGCCCGUCAGCGGACAUGUCAGCCACGCGGCCGGCUCCGCACAGCUGGUUCCGGGGAAUCACGGCACUGCUAAUGGCGGAUCAUCCGUUGGCGGCGGUGUGGCAUCUAUGAGCGGUGGAGCUUCGUCGGUUGGCGCUACGGGUGGCAUGACCGCCGAUAUCCUGGCCAGCGGCGGAGGUGCAGCACAGGGCGGAACGGAUCGAUUGGACGCCAGCAGUGACAGUGCCGUCAGCUCGAUGGGCUCCGAGCGGGUGCCGUCCCUCUCCGAUGGGGAGUGGGGCGAGGGCAGCGACUCGGCCCAGGACUACCACCAGGGCAAGUACGGCGGCCCCUACGACUUUAGUUACAACCACUCGCGCAUCAGCACGGCCACCCGCCAGCCGCCGGUGGCCCAGAAGAAGCACCAGCUCUACGGCAAGCGCGAUCCCCAUAAGCAGGUGCCCAGCGCCCUGCCGCCCACAGCGCCUCCGGCCACGGCCCACGCGCAGGCGCAGGCACAGAGCAUCAAAUACGAGUACGAUGCCGGAUACGCGGGCAUGGCCAGCGGAGGAGUCGCCGGACUGCAGCACAGCGAGCCGGGCGCCAUGGGGCCUGCCCUCUCCAAGGAGUACCAUCAGCAAGCCUACGGCAUGGGCGCUAGCAGCAACUUUCCCGGCGACUACGGGGUUCGUCCGCCGCCUCGCACCUCCGAGGACCUGGUGCAGCUGAAUCACACGUACUCGCUGCCCCAGGGCAGUGGCUCGCUCCCCAGACCCCAGGCGCGCGACAAGAAGCCUCUGGUGGCCACCAAGAACGCAUCGAAGGCGGCUGCCGGCAGCUCUGCUGCCGCCACCGCGGAGGACGAACAUCUGACGCGCGACGAGAAGCGCGCCCGCUCCCUGAACAUACCCAUCUCGGUGCAGGACAUCAUCAAUCUGCCGAUGGACGAGUUCAACGAGCGCCUGUCCAAGUACGACUUGAGCGAGAACCAGCUGUCCCUCAUCCGGGACAUUCGUCGCCGUGGCAAGAACAAGGUGGCCGCCCAGAACUGCCGCAAGCGCAAGCUGGAUCAGAUCCUCUCCCUGGAAGAUGAGGUGAAUGCGGUCGUCAAGCGCAAGACGGAGCUCAGCCAGGCCCGCGCCCACCUGGAGUCCGAGCGCAAGCGCAUCUCUAAUAAGUUUGCAAUGCUCCAUCGCCACGUGUUCCAGUACCUGCGCGAUCCUGAUGGCAAUCCCUGCUCGCCGACCGACUACAGUCUGCAGCAGGCGGCCGAUGGUUCGGUGUAUUUGCUGCCACGCGACAAGUCCGAGGGCAACAGCACGGCCACGAACGCCUCGAACGCAGUGUCCAGCGCUGGAACGAGUAACCUGAACGGGCAUGGCCCGGUGGCGCCUCCCAUGCACGGAGGCCACCACAGCCAGCACCAUCAGCCGCAGCAUGUGGACACCGCAAUGUCCCAGCACGUGGCCAGGAUGCCGCCGCAUCUGCAGCAACAGCAGCAGCAGUCGUCGCAGCAUCACCAUCAGCAGCAGCCAGGAGGAGGAGGCGGAUCGCAACAGCAACAGCACCACAAGGAAUGAAAAUACCUGUUGCGAAUUGCCGCAACAACGAGUUGGUUCACAAACCUUCAGCGCGAGCAGCAGCAACAGCAGCAGGAGCACCGUUUCGAGCAGCCUCAGCGGCAGCAGCAGCAGUACGACUACUGCUACGACUUUUUCAACAACAGUUACCUGUAUUACUGAUGAUUACUGAUAGCUGAUUACUGAUUACUGACUAUUGAUUACUGAUUGAUUUGAUCACUGAUCCCUGUUUGGCUGAGCUGUGGCUGUGGCUGUGGCGGCCUGGUGGUGCGCACUCCCUGCUGCAGCUGCAACGUGUUGCUGGCAACAUUCGUUGCUACCGCUGCACAGCCUCCCCCUUGCAUGGCACCUCCUUCUUCAUCGCAUACCGCAUACAGCACUCCCCCCCCCUACACAUUUAUGCUUUACUCCUUUAGUCAGCAUUAUUGUUAUUUAUUUUUUAAUUAAUUAAUUAAUUAAUGGAAUUCACAAGCAGAGUCUCCUUCGGGUCUCUGCUUGAAUGGAGCCCAUUUCCAAUUCGUAUAAACCAUAAAACUACAAAAACAACCACUACUUGUGAUAAACCAAAUCAUUUCUGCCACUAAAUGGAGAGAAUGUCCAAGCCUCUUCUGCCUGAAAUGUAUUUGUAAAUCACGCGAUCAGACAUCGUCCACCAUCCCAUGCCCAUCAUCCAACCGCAUCUAUACAUAAAGUUAUCAACGCGUCGUCCAACAAUAUUUGAUGGUGAAACCGUUUACACAUUUCAAUAAUAAUAUAUUGUAAAAUAUGAAAGAAAAAAAGAGAGAUGGAAGGAAGAUUGUAUAAAUUAGUUAAUAGGAAAGGCAGCAGCAGCACCAGCAUGCAACAAACACGAAAAUGAUUGUAAAGGUUGAUAACAUAUUGAUGGACUACGCCCGUAAGACACUUAGACGUAAGCCUAGUGGUACGCUUUAGUCUAGUGAGAGGUCUACACAAACACACACACACACACACACACACACUGUAAAUCGUACUAAAUUCGUAAGGCAUUUAUCCAGCCCAUAACAAACACAGCAAAUCUAACACAAAUUAGCGUAGAUCGUAGCAUCUGUAAAUAUAUAGAUUAAACUUAGUUAAACUAUUAACUAUACAAACCUCUACAAAACAAAAAACAACAAAAAAAAACCGUCAAAGAAACUAUAGAAAAAACAAUGUAAAAAGAGUGCAAAAACGUACUACAAAAAAGGAAAUAAACACACAUUAAUGCUCUUGCCAGGACGGUCCUGGAACAGCAACUGCUGGCACUGUGCAACUGUCCUGGCACUGGGCGCUCCCUAGUUGAUAAGCAAUUAAGAGAUAUUAAUAUUUAAUAUUCUUAAAUGUCCUACUGCAUAAAGAGUUUAACUUUAAACUAGCGAUAAACACAACACACACAUAAACAUAAAAACACGAGUACGAGUACGAUAACAAACCUAAACACACAGAUCCGCAACACGAAAAACGAAACAAAAAACAAAAACAUCUAGGCAUAUAUGUAUUUUAAAUUGUUGUAAUGAAUUUCGCAUACAUUGAGUGUUGAUUGGAGAUUGGCAAAACAAAACAAAACAAAAACAUCAAAAAACAUAUUCCCAAAGGGGGAAAAAAACGUAUAAAAAAAAGUCAAUAAAAAUGCGCAGCUUCUCGAUCAAGUAAUAAAACCCACAAAAUGCGAAAUUAUUUGUUGUAAAUUGAAAUUAAACUAAUUAACUAAAAUACUAUUGUACUACUACCUAAAACAAAUACAUACGUAAAACAAUACAGAAACAAAAAAGGAAUCAUUUCAAAUAUUCUAUAAACAUCAAAAUUGGAGCAAAAGUGUCCUCAGAUAAUCAGUUUACAAGUCAAGGGUAUCUGAGCAUGCUUUUGCCACUCCUAUAUACAUAUGUUGCUAUAUAUAAUGUAUGUGAAUGUAUCAUAUGAGAAAUUUGUAUGCUUUAAAAACGAUCAACACUUUCCCUCAGCUAAACAAAGAGAACAGAACGUCAAAAUUAAAGAAAGAAACUACAAAAAAAUA